AUGCCGUCUCCGCCAAUGUUGAGUGAGGAAGCCGUCCAGCAUCUCCACCGCGCGUUUUCCACCGCGCAACUUUACAUGGAUAAGACUGCUGCCGCAGCCACGCUACUCGUAGCGGCACUCAACCUUGCAUAUGGAGAUGAUUUAUACGACAUCAUUGCCUAUAACGCCACGCUCGCGGACGCGUCGCCAACCUCAGACCCGCGCCGGACAACGCUUCAGCCGGAGGAAAUCGAGGUCCAGAAACCGCCGCCAAUGCAAGAACGUGAGGCAACCCGCAAGAUGGAAAUCGACGAACAGACACUGAGAAAGAGAAAAGGAGAACCAGAGCGUGGCACCUUGUCGCCGUACAAGAGGGCCAAAGCUUCCUGA